GCCAGGCCUAGCAGGCCCCACGCCGCUGCCUCUGCCUCCGGGCCACCGCUGCUGCGGGGCCACCAUGCUCCUGCCCAGGCCUGGAGACUGACCCCCAAAGGGCACUAUCUCUCAGCUCCGCCCCCAGCUGCCGGACCCCAGGGUCCCACCCCGGCCCAAGAGGUCAGCCGGGGAAUCAUUAACAAGAGGCAGUGACAUGGCGGAGAAAGAGGGUGGCCGGACUGUGCCAUGCUGUUCCGGACCCAAGGUGGCAGCCCUCACUGCGGGGACCCUGCUGCUCCUGACAGGCAUCGGGGCAGCGUCCUGGGCCAUUGUGGCCUUUCUACUCAAGAGCGAUCAGGAGCCGCUAUAUCCGGUGCAGGUCAGCCCGGCCGACGCCCGGCUCAUGGUGUUCGACGACACGGAGGGCACCUGGCGGCUGCUGUGCUCCUCGCGCUCCAACGCCCGGGUGGCGGGCCUGGGCUGCGAGGACAUGGGCUUCCUCAGGGCCCUGGGCCACUCGGAGCUGGACGUGCGGACGGCGGGCGCCAACGGCACGUCGGGCUUCUUCUGCGUGGAUGAGGGGAGGCUGCCGCUGGCCCGGAGGCUGCUCGAGGUCAUCUCCGUGUGUGACUGUCCCAGGGGCCAUUUCCUGGCUACCGUCUGCCAAGAUUGUGGCCGCAGGAAGCUGCCCGUGGAUCGCAUCGUGGGAGGCCAAGACACCAGCCUGGGCCGGUGGCCGUGGCAAGUCAGUCUUCGCUACGACGGAGCCCACCUCUGUGGGGGGUCCCUGCUCUCUGGAGACUGGGUGCUGACAGCUGCCCACUGCUUCCCUGAGCGGAACCGGGUCCUGUCUCGAUGGCGAGUGUUUGCCGGUGCCGUGGCCCAGGCCUCCCCCCAUGGCCUGCAGCUGGGGGUGCAGGCCGUGGUCUACCAUGGGGGCUAUCUCCCCUUUCGAGAUCCCAACAGUGAGGAAAAUAGCAAUGACAUCGCCCUGGUGCACCUGUCCAGCCCCCUGCCCCUCACCGAAUACAUCCAGCCCGUGUGCCUCCCGGCCGCCGGCCAGGCCCUGGUGGACGGCAAGCUCUGCACCGUGACCGGCUGGGGCAACACGCAGUACUACGCUCCGGCCAGCCUUGCCCGCACACCCCCAGGCCAACAGGCUGGGGUACUCCAGGAGGCCCGAGUCCCCAUAAUCAGCAACGAUGUCUGCAACGGCCCUGACUUCUACGCGAACCAGAUCAAGCCCAAGAUGUUCUGUGCCGGCUACCCUGAAGGUGGCAUUGACGCCUGCCAGGGUGACAGCGGUGGCCCCUUCGUGUGUGAGGACAGCAUCUCUCGGACGCCACGUUGGCGGCUGUGCGGCAUCGUGAGCUGGGGCACCGGCUGUGCCCUGGCCCAGAAGCCGGGUGUCUACACCAAAGUUAGUGACUUCCGGGAGUGGAUCUUCCAGGCCAUAAAGACUCACUCCGAAGCCAGCGGCAUGGUGACCCAGCUCUGACCUGUGGCUUCUCCUUGAUGCGAACGCCUCCAGGGCCCAAGUUCACCCGGGUGGCUCCAGCGCCCCCUAGUGGGCUUCACCCUGGGCCUGGAGUGGGACAUUUUUCUUCUUGGGCUGAGCCCACAGGUCCAAGGAUACCCUCCCUCCACAGUGGCGGGCCCACUCAGCCCUGGGACCACCCCGAGCCUCACCCUCCCAACCCCCAUGUAAAUAUUGUUCUGCCAUUUUGGGGACCCCCAUCUCGGUGCCCCUGAUGACAGGAUGCUCUUUAAAUAAUAAAGAUGGUUUUGAUUAA